GGGCUCUAGAGAAGCAGCCCUGCGGCCUAGCCUCCACCCGCCACCUGCUCCCAUCAGGGCCACCGGACCCUCUGGGUCCCACCUGGCUCUCCACGUCCUCUGCUUGGCCACUGCCCCGGGUGGCCUGAUCACCCAAGAAACAGGUCUGAAGGUGGGACUGGGCCCACAGCUGCCCCUCUGUGCCCCCAAGUCCAAAAGGCUGUUGGCAAAACACACGGGACUCACUUCCUGGGGCCGUUCCCUGUGGCUUCUGCCCUGAGCCCCCAUGCUCCUGCCAGCCUCUGCCCGCUCAGGGCCUGGUCCUCCUCAGAGGCUGACCUGUGGGCUCCCUUGGCCACCCGCCCACCUGCUCCCUGCCCUGCCUGCGGCCUUGGUGCUCCCCAGGACACCGCGGCGCCUCCAGACCUGCAGCUUGGGUUGGGUUGUAUCCCCAGAAGGUGACUCCAAGUCUGACCCCACACCGGGGAGUGUGACCUCGUCUGGAGGAAGGGUCUUGUGGGUGUUUUCCGGACUCAGGUUUGAUCCUCCUAGAUCUGGGGCGGGCCGAAUCCCGUGACCCACCCUUCCUGGAGACAGAAAAGGGCCAGGUGCCAUGGCUGCACCCGCCAUCCCAGUUACACUGGAGGCUGAGGCAGGAGGAUGGCAAGUUUGAGGCCUGACAACUCAGCAAGACCCUAUCUCAAAAAGCUGUGGGGUGUGGCUUAGAGGAGCACCUGCCCAGGCAGGUGCCAGGCCCUUGUCCAGGCUGCUCGGGCCCAACAGGAGGGUCACUAGUGCCCUCAACUCUCAGGCAGCCUGAAACAGCACCAGAGCAGGAGCGCGCCCAAGACCGCGGGCAGCCGCCUCAGCCCAGGUCUGAGGAGGCUGUGGUCAGGCUGGGCCACAAGCAGGGGCCCAGGCCCUCCCUGGGGGCCUCCCCUUGACCCUGCUCCCAAGGCAGCGGCUUCCCCCAGAAGCAGGAGGUCAGGGAAGGCGACACAGCGGCCUGGUUGCUGGGCAGCAUGGAGGAUGGGCUGGGGUCCUCCCUCUUGCCUGCUCACUGCUCAGCCCCCCGCCACGCAGCCAGGCAGGCCCGGCCUCUGCUCCACAGCACGGACCUGGGGAGCCUCGCCACUGCCCUGGCCGUCUCUGCAUGCAGCCUCCCCCUGGGGCCCCUCCCCGUCCCUCGGCAUUUUGGGUGGCCCUAGCCCUGCCUCCAGCCCGGACCCCCCAGAGGCCCUGACGUGGGCACCAGGAGCCUAGUCUACAGCGCAGGCCCCUGAGUCCUAGGCCAGGGAGCUGGGUGCGGCGUGUGUUGGGGGCACAGGGUGAGCCCAGGCCUCACGUGUGCCAGGCAGAGCUCCACCGUUGAGCCACACCUCAGCUUUUUAAAGAUUCCCCUUUGAGAGGCUCUUCUGAGUCCCCGGGCUGGCCCCCCGGGGCAUGUGACCAACCCAUUUCACAGAGGAGCUGCAGAGUCAACAGCUGGGGCGAGGCCCUAGACGGCUGGCCUCUGAACCCAGGCUCCUCGGCCUGCUCUCAUGCCUUGUCCUGGCCUGUGCCACCCACGGCCCACGUUCCUCCCGCGUCCCCCUUAGGAGUGGGGACUGUCAUUCCCGUGCUCAGCCUGGGAGCAUCAGGGUUGAGUCAAUUGUGGUGUCCCCCAUCCAGACCGGCCUGGCCACCUGUGCCCUGGUCUGGGCUCCCACUUGUCCUCCCCACGACAGCCACCAGAGGGGGCCUGUGAGCACUGAGCCUGGCCCCUUGCUCCUCUCCCACAGCCCACAGCUUCCCCCCCCCCCCCCCCCCCCCCCCCCCCCCCGUCAAGGCCCGUAGCCCACAGGACCUGCCCUGCCUCCCCUCCUCCCUCUGCUCUGGCCACACAGGUCCUGGAUGUGCCACCAGCUGGGCUCUGGUGCCUGGUGCUCCCAGCGGACUCCCUUCCUCCUGAGGUUUCUGCUCCAGGGACCACUCCUUGGUGAGGCCGGGCCACCCUGCCUCCUGCCUGGAGGUUGAGCCCAGACACUCUACCACUGAACUGGCUCCGGCCCUUUUGAAAUCUGGUUUUUUUCUGGGGGGGGAUGAGUACCAGGGAUCGAGCUCAGGGGCACCGAGCCCACCCCAGCUCUAUCUUGAAUUUUAUUCAGAGACAGGGUCCCACUGAGUUGCUCAGCGCCUCGCUGUUGCUGAGGCUGGCUUUGGACUUGUGAUCCCCCUGCCUCGGCCUCGGGAGCCGUGGGAGCCGCUGGAUGACCGUGUGCGCUGGAGCUCCUUCCCUGCCCCACGCCCCUCUCCACCCCCCACCCUCGUGUCGGUGCUCCAUCUCCCGACAGCAGAGAGGGCCUCCAGGAGGCACAGCAGCAUCCUGGGACCUGAGGACGUGGCUGGCCACUGGGUCCGGGGGCCACGCCUGCCAUCCAGCUGCUUAGGCUGAAGCACCGGAGGGCCAGUUUCAGGCCACCUGUCAAUUUAGUGAGACCCUGUCACAAAUAAAAUCUGAAAGGACUGUGUGUGUGGCUGUGGUUAGCACUUGCCCGCAGAGAUGGGGCCCUGGGUUCCAACCCAGACUGCCGAACACGAGGGUGCCCACAGUAGGUGCUCAAUCAAUGUGAACGAAUGAAUCACAGGCCAGCUAUGAGAAACCCGGGUGGGUGUUCUCAGGAGAAGGCCGGCGAGUGCCAGGGCCCUGGGGCAGGGAGGGUGCAGGAACUGCUGAGGCACAAGCAGCUUGUGUGUGAUCGCUGCAGACAGAUGGAGGCCUGGGGAGCCUCGCAAUCCUCUUAGUUCAAAGCCCCUUAAUACUUCCGCUGCACGGGUCACCUCCGGGCUUCCCUGCUCCAGGUGGCCGCCAUGCCGGGGUUGGCGGACAGGGAGGAGACCAAGGACUGGAGCGCUGCCCCCCCGGUGUAUGAGGAGUACCGGCCGCCCCCGCUGGACACCAUCCGCCUGCCUAGGUACGGGCUAUACCUGCUGAUAGCCGCGUUCCUGGUGGUGGCGGUGGCCUACGCCAUUGUCGGGCACCUCAUCAAAGACCUGGCCCACGACUUGGCCGACUGGGCAUUCGGCCCGAAGUCAGACCAAGAGGAGACGCCUCGCCGGGAGCGGGCCACCAGGGUGGCCGGGGAGGACCUGGAGGAACUGGACCUGGCCUGGCAGGACGAGGAGACCCUCGAGGGCGGAGGACAGGGCGUCCCCUUGGAAUCCCCCGCCCGGGACCCCCAUCAUCCCUCCAUCAUCUUCAGGGACCCCCAGGUCCAAAGCUCCUGGAGGCUGGAGUGAGGGGGGUCCUGGCCCCAGUUCCAGCCCCUCGGAUGCUGCGGGGUUGGAACCCGUGGCCCCCAGAGCCUCUCCGCCGACCCCCAUCCCUGGGGAGAAGCUCCCUCUCAGCUGGAGAGCUUGGUGGCUGGACACUGGCCAUUGCCAUCUGCCCUGCUUCCCCAGAGCCUGGCCCUGCCCAGCCUCCAGCCAGCCCUGCGCAGUCUGUGAAUGGGGAGCAACGAGGCACCCGGACAUUAAACCAGCGGUCAGCCCUCUGCCCGCGCCCGUGACUGCUGAGUCAGCCCUGCCCUGCCCCGCGGGCUCCGUCACCCAGCAGGACUCUGCCCGAGUGACAGACCUGUACACCGGGCCAGUGAGACCUGGCCAGCCAGAGCAGAGGGCCUUUUGUGGAGCAGCAGCGAGGUGGCCCUGACCCCCCCACACCGUGUCCCCCCCCACCCACAGCUCCCUGUCCCCUCUCGGCCCCGGGCCUGGUUGUCGGGGGCUCCUGGUCGCCAGACUGAGGCUUCCUUCGCUUCAGAACCUUGCACAGGGUGGGGCACACAGCAGGGGCUGAAUGUAUGCCCACCUGGCAGCACGGAGUGGCCCAUGCUUGUCCUGGGCUGUGUGGCUGAGCUCCAGGACAGCUCUGUUUAGUGACCCGUCGGCCCAUAAGUUGUGGUCAGACCUCUGGGACACAGGACUCCUGUGUAGACAGUAGGUGCUCAUACGUGUGUGUCACAGGCUUUGGGCAGGCUUUCACGUGCCAGGGCCAUGGCUGCUCCCGUGGCUACUGGGGCAGGGUCCUCCUUGGCCUGGGCAGGGCUGACUCCCCUAAUGACCUAAGGACCAAGGCCGAGGACAGAGAGCCUGGAGCCUGAGUCAUCUGCGGUCCCUGGUGUCCCAAUCCUCAGCCAGUAGAGCAGCCCACCCUGGCGGUGCGUGGUGGGCAGGUGGCCCUGAGGGCUGACCGGCUGCCGCGUCCUCUGGCUGUGGCUACGUGGGGCUCCCCUGGCUCUGUACUGAGGGCUGCAGAAUGUUGUGGGUCACCAAGAGAAGGAGAGGGGGGACGUGCCAGCCACCAGCCAGGAGCCGACAGGCGCCUGCCAGCACCCAGGGUGGCUCAGACCCCAGGUGCAUCUGAGAGCCCCACCCUGGCCCCAGCACCCCCCACAACAGGGUGCGGGGACAGCUGCAGAGGGGGUGGCCCUGGGCGGAUGGCCCUCAGGGCGGGGUGCCGGGGAGGGGCCAGCUCCCCAGUUAAUGUCACACCGGGUCCAGAGUCUGCUGGGGGUGCUGGGGGCAGGAGCCAGUCAGGUGCCGAGGGAGGGAAGGAGGGCCCCUGCCAGGCCGGCCUGCCGCGGUCACCCGCAGGGGACCCCUGCUCCACAGCUCUCAGUCCUGAGUUCUGGCUCGCGCUCAGCCAUGAAGACCCUGGGGACGCUGGUCGUACUGGGAGCCUGGCUCUUCUCGCCUGCCCAGGCCCAGGACCCUGAGCGGCGGCUGAAGCCCUGGCUGGUGGGCCUGGCGGCGGUGGUGGGCUUCCUGUUCAUCGUCUUCGUGCUCAUGCUGGCCAACCGCAUCUGGUGCUCCAAGGCCAGAGCCGAGGACCAGGCGGACACCGUGAGGAUGGAGCCCAAUGUGUACCAGGACGUGAACCCCAGGGAGGGAGGCAGGG